AUGAUUGUCACCGGCGAGGGUCCUGUCGCGCCACUGCAUGUGGAGAAAAUCGGACAGGCAUACAAAACGUCGUUGCUGUGCGACGCUUCGUCUAUGCUGCUGCGAGCCAUGCCGUCCGUGCCGAUCGAGGAUUCAGCGCCGCUUUGGCAUGCGCUCCAGACGCAAAUAGAGGCAAAGAAAGCGGAGCUCCUCGCGCAGCCCUCAUGGACGCAACGCUGGCAGUCAUUGACUGACGCGAUCUGUGCACGUCCUUCACGACCUACGCAGAUCCUGUGCCUGGGCCUAGGAUCGCUCACGUCUAUGGCCGCACAGUAUCAGUGGGCCUGCUUGACUCUUUUGCGUACAGAGCUCGCGACGGCCUCCACGCCAUUGCCUGUGCACCUAUUUGAUCCUGUCAUGACCGAGGAAGAUCGCGCCUUUGCUGAGAGUCAAGGCAUGGCUAUGCUGACGGACAACAAGUGUGGCGCCUAUCCUCUUGACGAGCCGACGCUGGCAUUCAUGCCUCACUGUCCCAAGGAACUAUACGAAGCUCUUCUUCGUGCGAACUGGACGCACGCGCGUCUUUCGCACCUUGUGCUGAUCGGCAAUGCCUUGGACGCGUAUACCCUAUUCAGCAGCGCCAUGGCCUCGCUUCCAUGUGUGCACCGUAUUUUGCCCUAUUGUCAUACGUACGCCUUGUUGUCUGCUGAGACGCGCGCGCCAGGCGCUUUGGAUAUGAGCGUGCAAGUGUUCUUCGACACCUUAAACGUACCUACGGACACUGCGACACUCACCGACGGAUGGUCGUACCAACCGGCGCGCCGCAAAGCCAAGCCGCGAGCACGCAAAGGACGAACAGCUGCGCCGAGCACGACUGUGCUUACCAUCGAGGAGGAAGCGUUCUGGGCGCUCCCGCCGCCCAUGCCGCCUGGCCCCGAAGUCGUAACGACAUAA